UCCAAAUUGAAUAAUUAUAAAUAAUUUUUUGAACACUUACCAUUAAUUAGAUAUUGAAAAAUAAUACAAUUCUGCAUAAAUACUUAAAUCCAUACUCAAGAGAUAGAAGAGGACUAUUUUAACAAUAAUAAAUAAGAUAUACAAAAUGGAACUAUGCCACAUAGAAAUCGAUUUCUAAAUUAUUUGGGAACCAUUUCAAAACAAGUAUUUAUUGUAAUUAAAUUAUAAUAUGUAUAUUGAUUGCAAAAAUUCUCUUAAAGAUAUAAGGAUAGUUUAUUACGCUCUAGUUUUCCCAUAUUUAUGGUUAAUAGAUGGAAAGGGACAAAUCAGUAAUUAAUUGAAGAUAACAAAAUGAUUUAUUUAUCUAUGAAGAUCCUCAGCUGAGAAUAUUGAAAAGAGAGGAGAUUGCAAUAUCAUAUAAGACAUAGCCAAACAAAUUUUCUAAUAAUCGCUAGAUUAAGAGCUAAUUUUCAAAAGAAUUGAGAUUAGGAUGAAAUUAUUGAAUAUAUGAUUGAUGAAUGUCUUUUCUUGAAAAACCAAAC